GAGGUGCUGAAGAUCAUGCCCGUCCAGAAGCAGACCAGGGCUGGUCAGCGCACCAGGUUCAAGGCCUUUGUUGCCAUUGGUGACUACAACGGCCAUGUGGGCCUGGGGGUGAAGUGCUCCAAGGAGGUGGCCACAGCCAUCCGUGGGGCCAUCAUCCUGGCCAAGCUGUCUAUCGUCCCUGUCAGAAGGGGUUACUGGGGUAACAAAAUCGGCAAACCCCACACUGUGCCCUGCAAGGUGACUGGCCGCUGCGGCUCUGUCCUGGUGCGUCUCAUUCCAGCCCCCCGUGGUACCGGCAUCGUGUCUGCCCCUGUGCCCAAGAAGCUGCUCAUGAUGGCUGGAAUCGAUGAUUGCUACACCUCUGCCAGGGGCUGCACCGCCACCCUCGGCAACUUUGCCAAGGCCACCUUUGACGCCAUCUCCAAGACUUACAGCUACCUGACCCCUGAUCUGUGGAAGGAGACAAUCUUCACAAAGUCUCCCUACCAGGAGUUCACUGACCAUCUGGCCAAGACUCACACCAGGGUGUCUGUGCAGAGGGGCCAGGCUGUGCAG